AUGACAGCAAAUAAAUCGCAUACAAUUGUUGAAAGUGUUAUAGAAAAAGUUGAUUGCAUUUAUGAACGUUUACGCGAUCAAGUAAUUCGUAUGGGAACAUCGACAGGAUCAGAAUCUCAUAUAUUUUUUGUUUUUGGUGCAUCUGGUGAUUUAGCUAAGAAAAAGAUUUAUCCAACACUCUGGUGGUUGUAUCGUGAUGGAUUUAUACCAGAAGGUACACAUUUUAUUGGCUAUGCACGUAGUCAAAUAACAACAGAAAAAAUAUUUGAAAAUGCUGCAAAAUAUAUGAAAGUAAAAGAUAAUGAACAUGAUCUAUAUGAAAAAUUUGUGAAACUUAAUUCGUAUGUUGCUGGUUCAUAUGAUAAAGAUGAAGAUUUUAAACAUUUAACAAAUGAAGCUAAUCAAAUAUCGAAUCAAGAGAGUGCACAUCGAUUAUUUUAUUUAGCAUUACCGCCGAGUGUUUACGGAAGUGUAUCUGAGUUGAUUAGUAAACAUUGUCGACCAAAAUCACCUGGUUGGAUGCGUUUAAUUGUUGAGAAACCAUUUGGAAAAGAUCUUGAAAGCUCAAAUAAAUUAUCUGAACAUUUAAAUAAAUUCUAUACGGAAGAAGAAAUCUAUCGUAUUGAUCAUUAUUUAGGAAAAGAAAUGGUACAAAAUAUAAUUGUACUUCGAUUUUCUAAUCAAAUUCUAUCACGAGUUUGGAAUCGAGAUUCAAUUGCAGCUGUUAAUAUUAUUUUUAAAGAAGAUAUUGGUACACAAGGAAGAGGCGGAUAUUUUGAUGAAUUUGGAAUUAUUCGAGAUGUUAUACAAAAUCACCUAAUGCAAAUUUUAUCUAUUGUUGCAAUGGAAAAACCACGUUCAACGAAAGGUGAAGAUAUUCGUGAUGAAAAAGUGAAAGUAUUACGUUGUAUAGCUCCAAUAAAACCAGAAGAUGUUGUUAUUGGACAAUAUACUGGUGAUAAAAAUUCAAAAGACCCAGAACGUCAACAAGGAUAUUUAGAUGAUAAAGGUGUACCAAAAGAUUCAACUACACCAACGUUCGCACAAGUCGUGAUUUUUAUUAAUAAUGAACGUUGGGCUGGUGUACCAUUUAUUCUUCGAGCAGGUAAAGCAUUAAAUGAGAAGAAAGCUGAAAUACGUAUACAAUUUCGUAGUACACCUGGUGGAAUGUUUGAUGAUGAUAAUCAUGGAAGUGAUCCAAAUGGUAAAUUAGCUCGUGAUGAACUUGUUAUACGUGUUCAACCAAAUGAAGCUAUUUAUCUUAAAUUAAAUACAAAACGACCUGGUGAAAUGGGUUUUAGUAUAGAAGAAACUGAAUUAGAUUUAACGUAUGGUAAUCGUUAUAAAGGUGUUAAAUUACCUGAUGCAUAUGAACGUUUAAUACUUGAUGUAUUUAUGGGUUCAAAAAUAAAUUUUGUACGUUCAGAUGAAUUAGAACAAGCAUGGCGUAUUGUUGAUCCGAUACUUGAAGAAAUUGAUAAGAAAAAAAUUCCAGUUAUUCCAUAUACAUUUGGUAGUAAUGGAUUAAAUGAAGCAUUUGAUGCUGCUAGAAAACAUGGUUAUAUUUUUCGUGGUACUUAUGUUUGGAAAGAUGAACGAUCUUCAUCAGAAACAAAUAAAGAAGUAACAAAAGUUGAAGAUAAAAAAUAA